GCUAGGGAGCGUUCUGUUGUUCGAGGGAGCCUCGCCGGGAUUAUUUCAUGGCUCGACCCUGAGAAAAGAAAAAAAAGAAAAAAAAAAACCCCUCUGUCGGAUCCGAGAGGCCAGAGACUGCAACACCCAAUACGUGCUCCUUGAGGUCUUUUCCCACACAGGUUUGAGCACAGCUGUCCAAUAACUGCAAUGUCAUCAAAGAUGCAGAGCUCCAGUAGCAUAGCUCAGGCCAGGCGGACGGUGCAGCAGCUGAGAACGGAGGCCAGCAUCGAGAGGAUAAAGGUGUCCAAGGCUUCAUCGGACCUAAUGCGCUACUGUGGAGAACACGCCAAGAAUGACCCGCUGCUCAUGGGCAUUCCCACUUCAGAAAACCCUUUCAAGGACAAGAAGCCUUGCACUGUUUUGUAGGCGACCACCUGAAGUCUUGCUGCUUUUCAUUAUGAUGCUUGUGUGGAAAAGAGCUGAUAGUAAUACUGUUCACAACUUGCCUGAAGGCCAGUGUACCCCCUUAUUUUUUCAAACGCCUGCCGCAGUUUGAUAAGGAAUAUACUCGCUCUCUGCCUUUCAGUCAGAUAGCGGUUACACCAAAGAACAGGCAGGAAUCUGAAGCUGUGGUCUUGAAUCAAAGCUUUUAGCUCAAGCAAAGGUGAUUAAAAGUUUGUAUGAACGCUCAGUGGUGACUUUUCUUUUCUCCGUGCUAUUAUCAACAAGAUCUAAAAGGCCACAGACUUCAGCCUGAAAGGAUCUGUGCCAUUGAGGGAGAGUUCCUGACUCUCUAAUUAUCACAGCAUGCAUAAACAAGCCCCCUCAAUCAUCGGUCCAAUCAGAUUUAGGCUUAAAGCUUUCACCUCUUACUUUCAUCAGGCUCGCUUCAGGAAGCAGUUGUUGUAGUUUGUGUGCUACCGAUAAUGAGCACCCGAGUUAAUGAUGUCCUGUCGUCGGAUGAGUAAACCGUGCUGCCCAUCACAGGAGGGCAAAUGGAGAGGGCAGAAGUCCAUUGCCACUGCUCCUCCAACCUUUCUUGCCAUCCAGUCACAGUCAAAAAUAGUAGUUUUCAAAAAUGAGCUAUUUAAUUGUUCCCAACUCUCUCUUAGUUUUUCACUUUUGAAAUGUUUUUUUUUUAUUUUUUUCGACAAUCUUAGAAUACAGUGUAGUACAAUUGCAGUGCAGAGCCAGGAUUUUGGGAUGAGUUGACUGAAUAUUUGUUUUCUGCAACUUUCCUUUUAGCUUGUUGCAUUCUUGAAAAUGCCUCCCCAGUUGUACAACAGACUUCGUAUCCCUACCACCAGUUUCGACUGAAUCUAGAGCAAAGUCAUUAAAUGUCAUGAAUAUGAUGUCGAAAAGUGAUGAGUAAUGUGCUUAUUCAUUCAAAUAUGGAGACAAAUAUUCAGACAUUAUUGCCGAAGCAAAAUAUUCCAGAUCAAUCUGUGCCAUCUAAUCAGUGUCACUAUUAGACUACUGGUCUCCCACCACAAAAUGUUUGUUUUUUUUCCCAGCAGUUUUCUCUGUUUCUCUCUGCGUAGCUGAGGCUUACUAUUGUACUUUUCAGACACUUUGAAACCUGUAAAAACCAGACGACUGUUAUACUCUUGAGUUUGAGACAUUCCAUGUUUACAGCUGCUCUAAAGCUUACUUUGACUUCAUUAUGAGCAUGUUUGACUGGUGAUAUAUAUAGUAGCUGUAACUUUUUUCCUUUGUGUGUUGGUUCUCAGGCAAAAUGUAAGCAACUAAUUUUGCAAUUUUACCAGCCAGGGCCUUAAUAAUGAAGUAAUCCUGCUUCAAAUUCUUGACUACCUUUUAGUCACACAAGUGCUGUUGUCUAAUACUGUGAAUAAUAAAGGCCCGUUAGGUGAAGGGAGCGUAUCUUACAAUAGGCUAUAAACCCUGUGUACAACAUCCUAUUUCAAAAUGACUCGUGUAAUGAUUUGGUUUAAGAUCCAAAUGUAUGUCCAUAAAUCUGGUAGUGCAGUAUGUAUGUCCAUGUAUCACAGUAUGUGCUUGCUUAUAUGUACUUCGCAGGAUUGCACUCGAAUCUCAACUUUGAAUUUCUGUUUCGUGACAUUAAUUCAACUUUUGGAAUUAAAAUUGAAUGUGAUGUUUUGGUUAAUGAUAUAAUUGGUUGAUUUUUAAUAGUGAGUAUGAAUUUGUGUUUUUAUUAGGAAAACAGUUAAAAUGUGAAUGCUUUCUCACAUUGGGUGAGAAACCAUACACAACUUACUCUAUGUCAUGUUCUGCCUUCACUUGUUUGUGGUAAGUGCAAAUAAACCUAUGGAAAACAA